AUGGCGAGGAGGCUGCUGGCGUUGCGGGCGUCCCGUGUGGGUCUCGGCGGGUGGGGAUCGAGCGGGCUGAUUGCUGAACCGAGGGUCAGCCGCGGCGCCGCGUUUCGGGUCUUGGGGACGCGUUGGGAAGCCCGCUACGACCAAACGAAAUUGAAGAAUGAACUUCAUGGGCUCAGGCGCGAUUUCAAGGAACUGACGCGGCACCAUGGCCGGGCAGAGGACACAGUGUGGCGGCUGCGAGAAAGGCUCAAGGACCUCCGGGUCGAAGGGUCUGCGAAGGACAGGAGCCUCGAUAUCGCAAAGCGCUCAGUCGAUAGGCUCACCUCGGAAAAGCAGAGGCUGGAGGCCAGGGAGCUAGAAGAGGAGGUUCGCGCUUGCGAGGCCCGCCUGCACGCCAGCGAGGAGGUCUGCAGGCACAGGGGAGAGGAGGCGCAGCACCUACAAAGAGCACUGGAUUUGAAGGCCAAAGAGCUGUCCAUGGACGCAGGGACGGACGUGCAUUCUCGUCUCCUAUACGCAGUCGCAAAGGGCGAAGAGGAAUGCGUCAGUUUGGCGUCCCAGCUGGCUGAUGCGCGCGGUGCAGUGCGGCGCAUGGAGGAGCAGCUGAGGCAAAACGAAGAGGAAAGCAAAAAGCUGCGCGAGCAAAGCAACCACGCUGGACACCACACCGCGGCGCUCGAACAGCAGCUUGAGGACGCCGCCGCCACGUGCCGGCAGUAUGAGAGGGAGACAGAGGAGGUGCGAGCCCAAAUACGGGAGCUGCAGCGCAAGGUGGAGUGGGCCAUGCUGGACAAGAGCGCACUGGAGGAGCAGAUAGACCAGGAGCGCAGCGCCAAACAGGCCGUUGAGGCGGGGAUUCAGGACGCCAAGCGGCUGGCGCAGAUCGACGCUGAGAACAUACAAGCCGAGAUGUCGGUGUUGCUGGAGAAGUCCAAGACAGAGAACGCAGAUCAGAGGCGCCUUCAUCGAAGGAAAGAAGACGAACUCACGGAAAGAUGCGAGAGGAUGUCUCAGCAGGUCCAAGAUCUGAAGCAAAUGCUCGCUUCUUCGAGAAAGUCGGCGGAGGAGUCCCUCGACUGGGAAAGGGGGAGGUGCAGCAAGCUCAUCAACGAGACGGAGAGGCUUGCUCAGAGAGAAAAGGAACUGGAUGAGGAGUGCGGCAACGUGCACGCCCAGGUGGAUGAGCUGAUGGAGAGAAACGACAGGCUGCAGCUGCAGCUGGAGGACAUGGAUCGCCAGAGGAAUGCAGAGUGCCAGAGGUCUGCUGAGCUGGAAUUCCAGGUCUCAUCUCUGCAGUCAGCUGUGGACUCGUUGCGAGGCGAGAAAACGAGCGGGGAAAGCAGCCUCCGCAGCAAAGUUGAGUGCCUGCUUGGAGAGCUUCACAGCGUCAUUCGAGAGAGGGACGACCUUAGGAUAAAGCUCCAAGAGUCGUCAGCUCAACUCCACUCGACUCUGGCCUCCCAUGAGCACAUGCAGCGAGAGAACCAUCAGCUGAAGGAUACGAACAGCAGCUUGAACAAAUCCAAGACGCUGCUCCAGGACACAAUGCUCGAGCAGAUCGGUGCUGUGCGGUCUCAGCUGGACGAGGCCAAGUGCCGGAACCAGGAGCUCGGCAAGGCGAUAAGCCGCAGCAAGCUGGCCAGCAGCGUGCCCUCCAGGCCCAACCUGUCCUUCUCCCUGGACGCCCCCAGGCCUAGGUCCGCAGGGGCGGGCGCAACCCCCGGAAACCUGUCCCCGCAGGACCCGGGCCACACGCCUGGGUCGUCCAACGGCCUUGCGACGGACUCCACUGGCGCGUCGGCGGCGGUGAGGGAGUGGAGAGAGGCAGUGAACGAUCAAAUGAAAGGUAUUUCAGCCGAUGUCCACGCCAACCGGCCCUCGUGUACAUUGGAGGAACUGGCUCGAUACGGGAUUUAG